AUGCCGUCCUUUAUUCCCUUCACUGGCGGCCAUCGCCAUUCCUGCACGCUUUUUGAAAUCCGGCUCGAGAAUGACUUUAUCGUUUUCCGGGGCAACGAACACGAGGCUGCCGGUCAGCUCCUCAAGGGAAACGUGGUGCUUUGUCUCAGGGAACCACUAAGGGUUGAGGAUGUUCACCUCAGACUUCUAGGAAACUGCCGAAUUGCCUGGAUAGAGGCGAAACAGACCCCCACCGGAAUUCACAACCAGAAGGUCGACAAGACAACUACUAUAUUGAAGCACAGUUGGAAUCCCUUCAUUGGUGGACCGCAGUCCCAUGGCCAGAUUCUCGCUGCCGGAAACUACGAGUGGCCAUUCGAACUUUUGCUUCCCGGCGACACGGCAGAAAGCGUCGAGGGCCUGUAUCAGACCAAUAUCAGCUACGUCUUGAAGGCGACUGUCUCUCGAGGAAAAUUGGCCAAGAAUCACCAUGCAUACAAGCGCGUCAGAGUCAUUCGUACUCUGGACCCGACCGCCUUGGAAUUCAACCAUGCCAUGAGUGUAGAGAAUAUCUGGCCCAACAAGAUUGAAUACUCUGUGGUCAUUCCACAAAAGGCCCUCGUUUUUGGCAGCACCGUUCCGUUGGAGAUGAGAUUCACGCCCCUCCUCAAGGGCUUGGACAUGGGUGAGAUCACCGUCAAACUCCUCGAGACGCAGGAGUUCAGUGUAUCAAACCCCGGGACGACUUCAAAGACUCACAAGACAGAACGAGAGGUGUGCACUUGGUCGUUUGAAGUCAACCGAGAGGAGAGCUGGAACGACAACAUCGACGAAACUGGCCAGGAUGGAUGGGCUGUCAACAAGGAGCUCCCUCUGCCGAAGAAGUUGACAAAGUGCCUGCAAGACUGCCACGUUCAUGGAAUCAAGGUUCGCCACAAGGUCAAGCUCACAGUUGCACUCAAGAACCCUGAUGGUCACAUUUCCGAGCUGAGAGCCACUCUACCCGUGACCAUCUUCAUCUCUCCCAACAUGCCGCUUGACGACGAUGGCAAUCUUAUUUCUCAGGAAUCGACAGAGUCCAACGAGCGAAGGGCAGAUGCUGAAAGCAGCAACAUGGCUCCGCCAGGGUACGGCAUGCAUGUUCUAGACCAGCUCUACGACGAUGUUGACCCCAGUGGUAUCAUGACACCCGGCAUGAUGACUCCUGGCGGCAUCUACAGCGGUCUCCAGAGUGGAUUUGCCAGUCCCUUUUAUUCUCAGUCUCGUGCUGGCUCUUCGGAGAACCUGGCUGCACUCGCAAACGGCGCAGUGACACCGGCAGCUCUUAGCUCGAGACUUCAGAACGUGUCACUGGAUCCAUCGCGGAGGAACACAUCCUUUACUUCGGUGGGAUCCCAGCCGCAUUCGCAGCCGCAUUCUGGUACGGCGACACCCUACCUGCAGCUCAAUGACGGUGAACAAACGGCAGAAUCCUCGCAACCACACUCGACCGAGUUGUCUCGCCAAACUAGUGCAGAAGAGCACUCUGGCGGUGUCUCGGGACACAGCACACCCCCAGAACAUCUGGAGGUAGACAUGUCCGAACUAAGCAAGGUUCCCAGCUAUACGACCGCUACCAGGACGCCGCUCCCAAGGACGCCGAGCUUUACAGGAUCCUUGGCCCUGCCCGAUUACCUCUCGGCCAUGAGUGCGCCCACAUCUCCAAGCAGGACGCCAUAUCACGAACUCCAUGAUCCGUUGGCGACCAUCACAGAGGGAACCAUUGCGGGAGGAGAUCGCCACGACCCGAGCACGGCAGGAACAGCCACUGAGCCGGGAACAAGAAGCCAUUCGCGCAGCAACUCGUCUAACCGACGAAGCCACUCCUCUCUGGGAUUCAACUUUUUGCACCGCUCAAACCCUGGUGACAGUCAUGGUGAACGUCAUCUGCGCUUGACACAGCAAAGACACGGGCACUGA